UGUGGGUGGAUUUUGUCUCUAGGGUCAGUGAACAAAGUACAUGCGAGACUGCGCAACAGCUGCCAUUUUCAAUGAAUAAGAACUUCUUUUUCUCUUUCUAUAUACAUAAUUAUUUAUUUAAAUGUGGGAAUAUGGGCCUUCACUAGAGACCAUCUAUCUGUGGUGUAUCUGGAGUUACUGAUGGAUUACACUCGAGCUGCUCACUUAAAUGGGUCGAAACCAAAAGAACCGACAUCUACAUUCUGGAGGAAAAGGGCAUUUACAGCAGUUGGUUUAAAAUAAGCAGCACUAACAGAAAUUCAGGAGACCCGGAGGUGAUCCAAUGGAUGUUCUUGGAGAAAAUGAGGCACUGCAGCAAUUUUUUAAUGGACAAGAUGUGAGUGGGGUGUUGGAGAGUGCCGUAGACACCAGUAUUCUGGAGCAGUAUUUGAGCAAUGAAACAGAUCCCACUUUCAUGUUACCCGAGUCACCACCAGAUUCAGGAUCAGAACGUAGUUCUCCACCACAAAUACAAGAUUCCAGAUGGUCUACUGAACAAAGCAGCCGGGACACAUAUAGCCAAUCAGAAGACUCCUUCCCUCCAUCUUGUCCCUUUAAAGACAGAAAACCAGAGCGCUGUGGUGAUGCAGGACUCAUGUAUGAAGUUGGCAGAACCCUUGGGAACCACAUUAAAGCUAAUUUACCUGCUUCAGUACCUCAGUACAGUCUCAACACAGCUGAUAGUUACAUACAGGCAACCACGUCCCAUAAUGCACCCAUCCAUGGUAUCCUGCAGUAUACCCAGUGCUCACCGAUGGGUCUUUCAGCGGGACAUAUGCCAACUAAUGCUGCUGCGGAUUCUUCCUGUGUGCCCUAUGCUAUGCAACCAGAGACUGUGUACCCUUAUAUGCCCCCAAAACACGACCAACAUGUAGGAAAUUUCGUACAAAUAAAUAAGAAAAGAAGACGGUCAAACUCUUUUGAGGAGCACACAGAGCAGCACAUGGGCGCCGACCCGGUUUGGGCCAAACCGUCAUUCUGUCCAGAGAGUGGAUCAUAUGAAGCACAGUCUUAUGACAGCGAUGCUACUGGUGGAAGUCCAGCAAGCGGUGUGCACCAGCUGCUCACAUGGGACCAGUAUCAGCCCAGUCAGUGGUGCUCGCUCCACAACAGCAGAUCUGAAACGUUACCACCUCCAGGUUACCAUGUGGACACUGAUAAGGGUUUCAGCUACUCCACAGCUGAUGAAGCCUUUGUGUGUCAGAAGAAGAACCACUUUCAGGUUACCAUUCACAUUGGGAUGGUUGGAGAUCCCAGAUUUGUCAGAACCCCAGCAGGUCUCAUGCCCGUGGAGAGCUUCUACGUGAAGGUGUUUGGGGUCAAGUUUGAAGCACAGAACCAUUUCAUCACCAUCGAGCAGUCUCAGUCAGAUCGCAGCAAGAAGCCUUUCCUGCCGGUCAGAGUAAAUCUGCCAGGAGACACAAUCACCAAGGUGACAUUAGGACGCUUACACUUCUGUGAAACGACGGCGAAUAACAUGAGGAAAAAGGGCAAACCCAAUCCUGAUCAGAGGUACUUUAUGAUGGCAGUUGGUCUGUAUGCUACUGUGAAAGAAGACAGUUUCCUGCUGGUUGCUAAAGUUUCUGAAAAAAUCAUCGUCAGGGCCUCCAAUCCAGGUCAGUUUGAGAAUGAUAGUGACCUGCUCUGGCAAAGAGGACAGAUCCCAGAGUCUGUGGUGUGUCACGGGAGGAUCGGCAUCAACACAGACAGCCCCGAUGAGGCUUUGGUGGUUUGUGGGAACGCCAAGAUAAUGGGCAACGUCAUGCAUCCCUCAGACAGAAGGGCCAAACAAAACAUUCAGGAAGUGGACUCAACAGAGCAGCUUAAGAGGAUAGCUCAGAUGAGAAUUGUGGAGUAUGAUUAUAAACCGGAGUUUGCCUCAAGGAUGGGAAUUGACCAGCAUCAUGAAACAGGAAUCAUAGCACAGGAAGUUCGAGAACUCCUGCCUUCGGCUGUGAGGGAGAUGGGUGAUGUCACUUGCAUAAACGGGGAGAAGAUCGAUAAUUUUCUUAUGGUGGACAAAGAACAGAUUUUUAUGGAGAACGUGGGUGCUGUGAAGCAGCUGUGUAAACUCACAGAUAACCUUGAGACUCGUAUUCAAGAGCUUGAGGUCUUGAACACUCGCCUGGCCAAAUUGAAGACGCUAGGCAGCACUCGCUCCAACAGUGGCCCUCCUGCUAAAGGGAAAAUCAACAUGAAAAACACACCUCAUUCAAAACUUCCAUCACCAAAGUCACCGCCACUGCAGUCAAGCAAAAACUACUUCUGUGGGAGAUAUCAUCACUGUCUUCAACACAGAGUAUUCCAAGCUAGCAUCAUCAUGCUAGUAACAACCAUGGCUCUUUGUGUCAUUUGUACUAUUGCACUCCAUAUGUUAACAUUACAAGAGGACAUGGACUUCAAUAACAGUCUCAACCACACGAAUGUUAUACCGCCUUACACUACACCAACAGCACUGACCACAGUGUUCUCCACCACACAUCCUGGUCCCUGGCCUCCAGACAUCGAUUUCUCCAAUGUGUUUUAUUCAGAUGAGGUCUACUGCUGUCCUUCAACUUUAAUUCAUGAUCAUAACACCCAACUGACAGACACAACCGUCCCCUUUGACUUUCUUUCAAAAAAAAUAAAAGAGAAGUGGUUAGGACAACUGCCAGAUAAACUCAAAAAUUCUACUGAUUGGACAAACACAACUAUACAGUCCAUCCGCAUAACACAAAAUCAACAAGUUAUAGACCAGCAGUACUGUCAGCAAGAGGACUGUGGGAAGGGGAACUACACGUACCUCAUUCCCCUCAGUAAACACAUCCCACCCAACAUGCCCAUAACCCUCCAAAUGAGCACAAAUGAAUUGCUGGUGAUCCACUUGUGUUCACAUGAUGAGAGCGAACAGUGCUCUACAGUACUCGACUACAACAGCCCAGAGUCAAACACUGCCCUCAACACACAGGGCUACAUGCAUAAGUGGACAUUGGCGGUGGCCAAUCACCAUCGCUCCUCUUACUAUUUCCGCUCUUCAGUUGCUGGUUUGGCUGAUUGUAGCACCGAUCCCAACUACGCAGAAUUUUUAUUUACUGACUACCACUUCCAGUUCUACCGUCGCUGCGACUGAUCAACAGCAGACGAUGCAGCUGCCAACAGCCCUUCAAAAGCAACAUCCAGUGAUUUGACGGCAUUAGUAGGCCAUAAAAACUGCAGGUUGUACAUUAUAUAGAAAGAACAUCUUUCAUGGGCUGAUAUUUUGUUCAGAAAGCAAAUAGGUUUCAUUUUAGUUUAUUCUUAUUUUACUGGUGUUUUGGAAUCAGAAGGAAAAUCUCUGAACUCCGACGCAAAGCGUAAAGUAGGUCUUCAGUUAUGAUUUGACAUGCAUAUUUAAACAAUAAAGAGAUGAUGUUUGUUUUGUACUGAACUAUGCAAUCAGAUAAUCUUUUACUCUAGUAGACUCACAAUGUGUUCCUGUAUUGAACUAGUUCAUAUGUAAACCUGUAGACCAAACAAUUAUUCAACUACAAAAACUGUACUAUUAAAUAAUGUCUAGCUGUAUGACAUCUGAUUAUUUUAGAAGUGGGGACAAAUGGGGACACUUGAUAUUCAACAAUAAUAUUGAUCUGCCUGCAUUGACACCAUUAUGAGAACUGAACUGAGCUGGACAAUGACAUCACUGGUUUCUCCAGAGCGGCUAUAUAUAUAAAUGAACUAAAUGAAUAACUUUUUUUACAACAAAAAUGAAACAUCACUGAACUUACUUAAGCUGGACUAUGACGCUAUUUUCUUCUAGAUCUGCUGUACAGCAGAAACAAACUUUGUUGCAUUAUUUUCCUGUUAUCGCUGUAAAGGUGCUUUGAAACAAUCUGUAUUGUAGCACUAUAUAAAUAAAGGUGACUUGACUAGAA